CACCCCUGUUUCUUUAAUCCAAAAUCAACUAUUCUUGACGUAAAUCUGAUGAUUCUUCAACGUUCCUUUCCAUUUCUCAAUUUCUGCAAGUUACCAUCAUUGUCGUCUCCCAAAUUCAUCCUUUUACCUUUCAACUUAUCAUCACCGCCUUCUUGUUCAUCACUCACCUCUCGAUUCCGCCACCGUCCACGAAAUCGAAUUAGGGCGUUUGCCACCGCCGUCUCCUCCGAUGAAAAGGAAAUCACCGACAUCUUCUUUGCUGAUGAAACUGUUACCUGGAGUUCGCUAGGGAUUGCGGAUAGAGUUUCUCGAGCUCUUGCUAGCAUUGGACUCAAUCGCCCUUCUCUGGUUCAGGCUGCUUCUAUACCUUCCAUACUUCUUGGAAAUGAUGUUGUGGUUGCAGCAGAAACUGGUAGUGGCAAAACUCAUGGUUAUCUUGUUCCAUUGUUUCAUAAGCUAUGCACAACAACAAAUGAUUCAAGUGAUAUUCUGUUUGAUGAAAAAGUGAAUCAGACUCAUCAUAUGUCUCUUGUUCUUUGCCCUAAUGUCAUGUUAUGUGAGCAAGUGGUUCGAAUGGCCAAUUGUAUCUGUAAUGAUAACGGAGAACCACUUCUCCGAGUUGCAGCUGUCUGUGGACGACAGGGCUGGCCAGUUAAUGAACCCAACAUAAUUGUGUCAACGCCUGCAGCUCUUCUGAACUACCUUCACGCAAUCGAUCCAGAAAGGCGUCGUCGUGCUGAUUUUAUUCGUAAUGUUAAACAUGUGGUUUUCGAUGAAGCAGACAUGCUCCUAUGUGGGAGUUUCCAAAACCAAGUUAUUCGCCUCAUCAACAUGUUCCGUUUUGAUGAAAAGCUGUUAUCACGGGCAAAAAACUCUACGUCCGAGAAGCCAUUGGACAUGGAGUCUGAAUCCACUAUACAGAUUGAGUUAGACGACCAUGAAGUCACACAAACGAACUCCAUUCCUGAAGAUUAUGAAGAUAGUGAGGAAUCCCUUCCUGAAGAUGAUGAAGAGAGUGAGGAUGAGACUGAUGUUGGAAAUUCAUUAGAAGAAACCGAACCGGUUAUGAAGAAACGAGACUGGAAAAGGACAAGAGAAAUAUACGAGCGUACUAAACAGUACAUCUUCAUCGCAGCAACACUUCCCGAGAACGGAAAACGAACUGCAGGAGGUGAACUCAAGAGGUUGUUUCCAGAUGCCAAAUGGGUUAGCGGGCAUUAUCUUCAUCGUCACAAUCCAAGAUUAGAGCAGAAGUGGAUUGAAGUUACAGUCGACACUCAAGUGGAUGUACUUAUAGAUGCUGUCAAUCAUAAAUUUGACACAAAUUUGUCGAGUUCUGAUACUGGGUUGAGUCGAACAAUGGUGUUUGCAAACACGGUUGAGGCUGUCGAAGCUGUAGCGCAAGUCCUACAAGGAGCGGGUAUUGAAUGUUACUGUUAUCACAGCGAGAGCUCCUUAGAAGAACGCACAAGAAAUUUGGUUGAUUUUCAACAAAAAGGCGGCGUUUUUGUGUGCACAGAUGCUGCUGCUCGUGGUACCGACAUUCCCAAUGUUUCACAUGUUAUCCAGGCGGAAUUUGCGACAUCUGCUGUAGAUUUCUUGCACAGGGUGGGUCGUACUGCCCGAGCAGGUCAACCAGGCCUUGUUACAAGUAUGUACAACGAGUCAAAUCGUGAUCUUGUUGCUGCAGUUCGUCAAGCUGGGAAACUAAGUGAGCCAGUGGAAAAGGCAUUUAGCAGGAAGCGCAGCUUCAGGAAGAAACUAAAAAAGCGAGGUAGGGCCGGAGGUAACACAUUACACGUUCAAGAGAGAUUAGCAGCUUAAAACCCGAGGAUCAGAAACCCGUGAUGAAAAAUGUAAAUCCCAUUUACAUAAUCGUUAUUGUGCAUCACUUUCAUCGUCAAAUCCUGACUCUCCGAUGGGAUGGAAUGCAGUUUUUUUAGUCAUCGGAUCAUGAAGCUAUGCUAAAGAAUCGAAGAUUUGAUACCCAACGAUAGUUACAGUAGCUAUGAACCGUUCAUCCUGAUACGCUGCUAAAAAAACGUCUAUUUUAUGCCUAGAUACGUUUACUUCACAUCUCUUAGAUCGAUAGUAAUCUUACAUUCAUUUACGUACGCAUCUUUUGUGUAGCCGAAUGGCCCGAUUGGUCCGGGUAUGGGUAUGUUAUAAGUAGCAUAUAUGAACUUGGUCUUUUAACUUGUUCA